AUGUCUCCUUACAACGUAUUGAACACUACUACUUUGAACAGUAGUCCCUUCCCGCAGCUCAAACCUCAUGUGAGAUACAGGACUGUCAUGGAGAGGGCGGGGUUCGACGUGGCCUACGGUAGGGUCCAAAUGCUUGGGCAGAGAAACCGGGAGGUGUUGCAUAAACAGCAGUCGAUGCCAACGUUGCUUACUCGUAACGCUCAGGGGAGAGAUACCAGCGGUGGUAGUAACGCUGCUGCUAAAGGGGGUCGCCACGAGACAGGGUCUAGUAGGAGGGUCGAGCCUGUUGCGCACCACCAACGACCACAGUCUCCGCAGGGACAUGGAGGCUUACCAAAAGAUGGGACCCAUCAUUCCCCUCUAAGUAUGGGCAUGUCAUCGGCUUCGCUCCCUGCAUUGGUUUCUUCCACAAAGAUGACACAGUCUGCAACUCACAUACCCGCGUCCAAAAAUGGUACUGAAACGGCUGAAGCAAUAUCCGCUUCUGCGCCCCCUACUUCGACUGCAGCGUCUGAUGGUCGCCCUUUUGAGAAGGGCGAAGGUGAAAAGCAAGACACCGGCGUAUUUUCUGGCUCUCCAAAUUAUGCUCCAUCAGCAACGCCCGUUGUGGGACAAGCAUAUACUCAAAGAGGACCGGGAUCCGAGUCUCCAAAUGUCGGAUCUGUGCAGAAUCCUUCCCCAUCUGGAGCGAAGGUGCCCUCUUUUGUCGUCUCACCUGUUCGUGUUUCUGUACCUGUGAUAUCUUUGACGUACUACGCAUCUGACCAGCCUCCGGUGGCAUCUUUGUCCGCUUUGCCAGUCACCUCCACCGAUCCAAGUACUGGACGGAACGAACACGCUGAGCAGUCAACUAGAGAACCAUCUAUCUUUGACUUUGAGAAUGAAAAGCCUAUUGAUGAGCAGAUUGCUAACAACGGCUCUUCCGAAAAUACAACCCCAGCCCCCAAUGAUUCUGAAUCUACAGGACAAGCUUCUCAGCCGUUAAACCCGGUGGAGAAGUCCUUCAUGAUGUUGACGCAGAAUACGCAGCCCACUAUUGAAGAAAAUUUUGAUUCCCACGAGCAUUCGCUAUUUUCAGAAGAUGGGGCAGAGGACUCUCGCUCGGCCCAAGAUCAGGGUUUCACUGGUAGCGUUUCUAAAAGCCCAGCAGCUGCCCAUAAUGCCAUUCCAGUCAAGGGUAAAGACUUGGGUAUCGACAUGUUUUCUGGGAUCCCCAAAAUUGAAAUUAGUUCGUCGGCAGUGAAAGCACAUGUCCCUCUUCUGGAUGACAGCAUUCAACCUAUUCCCGAGGACCAUGUUACGAAGGAGGUUCCACGGAUAGAGGUGGCAAGUGCAGCAAAUGACGGAACUGGGUUCGAAGAGGCCAAGGCUCUAGCAUCAUCUACAACUUCUCAGAUGGAAACCCUCAUUGCACAGCUGGACGAUGUCUCUCUGAAUCGUGUCAAGCCUAGCACGUUUGAUAAUACUGGUGCCACGAACAUUCGUGCUAAUCCUUCAGCGACCUCAACCAAGAAUUUGGCGACGCAGUCAAGUCGCAGCUUAAAGAAAUCCAGUGCUUAUCUUUCAGGUUUCCCUGAUGAGAUAGCUAAAUUACCAUCUAAUCUCGCGAUUAACCCGAUCUUUGAAGGACCCACCGACCACAGUUCCCCUGAGGGUGAAGUGACCAGUCCCACCGAUGUACAAUCACCUGUCAUGUUCAGCUUUAAGAGUCGUCCACUCGACGAAAUAUGGACCACUGGGGGAUCACUAACCUCGGUCACUACGCAAGGAAGCGACCUCAACGAUGCUCCCUCAUCCACAAACGUAAAUGAACCAACGGUCUCUAUGGAUACCUUGGCGACCUUUGUAGAGGAAAAAGUAUCCGAACCAUCUACAAAUACCAUCCAGCUGUCCCAAUUGACCCAUGUUGCAUCUCUGGAUACCUCACAGAAGCCAUCAACCUCAUCCGAAGCAGCCACUAGCAGCUCGCGCAAACCCUCCAUAGCAAGUGUGCAAAUUACCCCGGGGCACAAGUCAAGCAAUCAUUCCCUUUCUUCCAGUACUAGUACAUUACGCCAUGGAGCAUCCUGGCAAGGUAUUGACGCGGAAGAAAUACACACAUCCCCACUCCGCAUUGCAGCAUCAGUACCCAAACACAAACCCGGUGAAGGUCCUUGUCGUUCCUGCGGUCUAGGAAUCAAAGGUAAAGGCAUCUACUCAAAGAAAGAAGGUGAACUUUCCGGCCAAUGGCACAGAGAAUGCUUCCGCUGUAUCUCAUGUAACCUCAAGUUUAAAAAGCAUAACCCGUGCUACAUUCUCGACGAUGAAACCUACUGUCGCCAGCACUACCAUGAAGCAAAUAACUCCAUCUGCAGAGUAUGCCAUGACUUCAUUGAGGGCGAAUGUCUAGAAAAUGACAAAGGUGAAACUUUCCACAUCAACUGCCUAACUUGCUACAUCUGCCAUCGCCGCAUCCAGGAAGACUACUACAUAUACAACGAUCAGCUGCCUCUAUGUGCCAACCAUGACAUGGAUGCCCUUCUAAAGAAUGGUAUCAGUGGCACUGUCCCGGGCUUACGACCAGACGGACUAGAAGCCACAAACACCCUCUCCAAAAGAAGAACAAGGUUAAUCAACUUCUAUGAGUAG